AUGUCAUCCAGUGAGUCAAGCGCUCCUCAAGUAGAAAUUAAAUAUACACAAAUUUUCAUUAACAACGAAUGGCAUAAAGCAGCGAAUGGUAAAACAUUUCCGGUCAUCAAUCCAAGUACAGGCGAAGAAAUAUGUCAAGUAGAAGAAGGGACUCGAAGUGAUAUCGACAAGGCAGUUGAAGCUGCUCGCCAAGCUUUUCAUAUCAAAUCACCAUGGCGUCAAUUAGAGCCUGGUGCACGUGGUAAUUUAAUACGUAAAUUUGCAAAUUUAAUUCGGCGUGAUGUGGACUAUUUAGCAAAAUUGGAAACAUUGAAUGGUGGCAAAAUCUUACCACUUAGUAUGGGCGAAGUCUUUCUUACAGCUGAUUGUCUUGAUUAUUAUGCUGGAUGGGCUGAUAAAAUAACUGGCGAAACACUUCCAUCGCAACCAGGUAAUUUUAUUUAUACACGGCAUGAACCAGUUGGUAUUUGUGGACAAAUCAUCCCAUGGAAUUUUCCUCUUAUGAUGUUAGCGUGGAAACUUGGACCAGCAUUAACUUGUGGAAAUGUCGUCAUUUUGAAGCCAGCUGAACAAACACCUCUUACUGCACUGUACUGUGCUGCUCUCAUCAAAGAAGCUGGAUUUCCACCGGGCGUUGUUAACAUUGUACCAGGUGAUGGACCUAAUUGUGGUUAUGCAAUUGCUAUUCAUCCAAAUAUUAAUAAAAUCGCUUUUACAGGCUCAGUCGAAGUCGGAAAGAAAAUUCAAGAAGCUGCUGGAAAAUCCAAUCUUAAACGUGUUACACUCGAACUUGGCGGAAAAUCACCGUUGAUUAUCUGUGAAGACGCUGAUUUGGAUCUUGCUGUUAGAACAGCUCAUGAGGCACUUUUUACACAUGCUGCUCAAGUUUGCGUUGCUGCAUCUCGUUUAUUUGUUCAUUCAAAAAUAUACGAUGAAUUUAUUGCUCGAAGUAUAGAAUUAGCCAAGAAACGUGUUGUUGGCGAUCCAUUUGAUAUGAAGACUGAACAAGGACCACAGAUCAGUAAAACUCAAUUUGAAAAUAUUCUCGGAUAUAUUCAAUCGGGUAAAGAAGCCGGUGCAAAACUUGAAUGUGGUGGUGCGAGUUUAGGUGAUAAGGGUUAUUUCAUUCAACCAACUAUUUUCACCGGCGUUACUGAUGACAUGAAAAUAGCUCGAGAAGAGAUUUUUGGUCCAGUAAUGUCAAUAUUGAAAUUUGACUCCUAUGAAGAAGUAAUUGAACGUGCAAAUGAUACAACUUAUGGUCUAGCUGCCGGUGUUAUAACAAAAGAUUUAACACGUGCUCUGACACUCGUUGAACAAUUAGAAGCUGGUUCAGUAUGGGUGAAUCAAUAUGCUCCAUUACAUUUUCAAGCACCUAUGGGUGGUUUUAAACAGUCCGGACAAGGACGUGAAUUAGGCCGAUAUAGUCUUGAUGAAUAUUGUGAAGUGAAAACGGUUGAUAUCAAACUUACAUAA